CUGAACGGGAAGCCAUUUUACAAUCUCCACGGGUCGACCAUGGAGUACAGUGAGGAGGAGCCUCCCAAUUCUUUCGAAAGUGAUUCAACACCAACAGCUUCAACAUCAGAAGUAACGGACUCACAAGAUCCCCAAAUUCCUGAAGACAGCGGAGCUGAAUACUUUGGCGACCUGGGGGCCGAAACUGCCACCAAUGAAGGCACCCAAACUUCUGCCGAUGGCACCCAAGCCGAUGUCGAUGGCGGCACCGACAUUGCUGCCAAAACUCCUGAGGAAAACUUACUGGAAGGGACAGAGAUGAGUAAAAGCCAGGAUGAACCUCCUCAGGAACUUGAGAACCAGUUUAUAUUGCGUCUCCCACUGGAACAUGCAUUUACUGUCAGGAAGAUGGUACAUUCUGGAAGUGUUGCCAUGAAGGAUAAACUAAAAAUUGACUUAUCUUCUGAUGGACGUCAUGCAGUUGUUGAUGUAGAAGAUGUCUCACUAACUGCUAAGCUGGUUGAUUUGCCUUGCAUUAUCGGAAGCCUGAAAACUCUUGAUAAAAAAACUUUUUAUAAGACAGCAGAUAUUUCUCAGAUGCUUGUGUGCACUGCUGAUGAUGAUCUCCACUCUUCUCUGGAAGAAUCAGUUACCUCUACUGACCUUAACGCAGUCAUGAAAAAUGAAAAAGAGAGAGAGCAAAAAUAUGUCUGGAAGCAUGGCAUUACUCCACCACUUAAGAAUGUCAGAAAGAAAAGGUUCCGCAAAACAACAAAAAAGCUCACUGAUUUCAAACAAAUUGAAGAAAUCAGCUUUCCUGAGGAGCAGGGCAUUCCUGCAAAACACAGGGUGUUAAAUGACAUUACUGAUAUCCCCACUUCCCCUGCUUUGGUUCAAUACACUGAAUCUCCUGAUGUGGAAAAGGAAGUGAAAAGACUACUGUGUUCAGAUGCUGAAGCUCUCAGUGCUCGAUGGGAAGUCAUUGCUGAAGACGAAACCAAAGAAAUAGAAAGUCAAGGCUCUAUCCCAGGCUUUGCAAUGUCCUCAGGAAUAAGUGGCUAUAAGCAGGGUCAUUUCUCAUCAGAAUAUGGUAUGUUUCGGGAGAUGUUCAGUGACUCUAGUAGCAACAGUGAUGAUGAGGAAGAGGAUGAGGAUGAUGAAGAGGAUGAAGAAGAUGACUACGAUGAUGAGGAUGAAGUUGAGAAAGAUUAUUAUGAAGAGGAUCUGGAAAGGGAGCUACAGGCCAAGUUCUUUGCAUCUGGCCAGUAUGAGGCAAAGGAAGGAGCCAGUUCAGCAGUCAUGGAUAUUCAGAAGCAGAUUCAUUACAUGGAGAAAAAGCUCCAAGAGAUUCAAUGCAAAGCACAAAGACAGAGGGAUCUCUUAAAGAAAGUGGAAAACCUGACACUCAAGAGUUAUUUACAGUCUGUGCUGGAGCAGCUUAAGUUACAGGAAAAAGAAAAAAAUGAGCAGCUCAUUUUCCUCCGGGAACAAUUGAAAUCUAUUUUGGAGAAGUAAGAGAGCCUUCAGCCUGGCACAUGAACCUUGGAUUCACUAUCCAGACUGAAGACUGGAUGAAAUUGUACGUGUUUCUGUCCCUUUCAUUGCCGUAUGCGAAGUCAUUUGUUAUUUGUUGAUCUGAAACUUUUUAUGCUAGUCACAUUUGAAGUUUAUAGCUGUGUAGAAAGGGACAGAAUAUAAAAAAGCAGUAGACCUAAAAUCCCAACUCAAUAUAGAACUUCCCUUCUCUUUAUCAACUUGAUAAUUGCUUACAUUGCCUCUGCUCUGUUGGUGCCAUCAAAUGAUUCAGCCAUGCUUUCCAAAGACAGUCUAGCCUGAAGGCCAUACAGCUAGCUGGUUUGUGUAUGUUUUCAGUUCCCUUCUUCUAUUAAUUUUAAAUAUUUCCUAAAACAUGGAACAAAUCAUUUCUACCAAAGGCUAGGACCUCUCACAGUGAAUUAAGUGCCUAUCUCCCAGCAGUUAACACCAGCUUGUGUCCUUUGUUAAGGUAAUAGGGGCUGCUUUCCUGCUCAGGGAUGAUUUCUUGCUGCUGCUAUCUUUGUUCUGUUGUGUUUUUAGGGAUUGUGUCUGGUUAUUAUUUGACAGCUAAGAGAAUAGUUAGGACAGAGAUGAAAUUCUGAGUUGUUAUCCUUAUUCUGAGCCUCUUUAUCCUAACCCCCAUCAGAAAAGGUUAGGAAAAAUCAGAUGCCUGUGAUGCCUGUGAAGACUCCCUUAAAAACCCUGAGUGGGUUUAUUUUUUCAGCUGUAUUGUUAAAGUUUUCUGGCCUGUGUUCUUUAAGCAAUAAAUAAAUUCUUCAUUUUAA